UACAAUUAUGAGUGUUACCGAAGUUUACCGGAAACUCCCGAAUGCUACGAAACCUAAAGUUGUGACGUAUGUAUCGUUAAUACCAAGAAGGAACUUGUUCACUUACCAUUAACAGGAUAACUAUUCUACAGGAAAACAGACAUCCACCAUGGGCCGUUCACGCUCCAGGUCACAGGAGAGGCGUUGGUACAGCUACAGUUACAGCCACAGCCGUAGUCGGAGUCGCAGCCCUUCAGAAGACGGAGUCCGGGUCCACGUUGCUGACUUGGGCGAGGACCCCUCAAAGAGGGAGCUGGAGUGCGUGUUUGAGAAGUUUGGCAAGCUGCUGGAGGUGUGGGUGGCCAAGAGCCCGCCUUGCUUUGCCUUCAUCGUUUAUAAAUAUCGUGAAGAUGCAGAUGCAGCCAUCAAGGAGAUGGAUGGCAAAUUGUUGAGUGGUGGUCGGAUUCGUGUCUCGUUGGCACGGCCCCGCACAAGGGGGAGGCGCCGGCGUGUUUUUGACCCCAACCUACGUUGCUACCAGUGCGGACGCAAGGGACACUUCUUCCGUGACUGUGACGACUCCAGACGCUACCCCAGACGUCGCUACGUCAGCAGGUCUUCAUCCCGUUCCUACUCGAGGUCAAGAUCUCGAUCCCGUGGCAGACGUCCGAAGAACGACAAAUACAGGAACCGAGGAAGUCCAUCCCGGUCGCAGAGUCGCUCCCCAAAGCGGAUCUCGUCAUCGUCCAAGAAGAAGUCUGUGAGUCGCAGCCCGGAGCCGCGUCGCCGCUCCCGCAGCCGGCAGCGCAGUUCGUCCCCGGAGAAGAAGGGCAGCAGCAGCAGUGGCGGCAGCAAGAUGCUUUCGCACGCCGAGAUGAUGGGUGCCGGGGACGGCCCCAAGAUGAACCACAAGAGGUCGCCGUCUCCCGAGAGGUCGUACAGAGAUCGUAGCAUCACGCCGUCACCACCGCCGAUGACCAAGCGGUCAUCGGAGGACAACAGCGACCGGGGCCGGCGGGGGCGGGGCGGAGAUGACGACGACGAUGACGACGAUAUGGACUAGGCAUGUUGCUAUGGCAAUGACUUUGUCUCCCUCUCUCUCUCUCUCCCUUGGAGGGUGAAGAGAGCAGAGAGUGUAGGGGGUGGUGAGCAUGGGUGGGGAAUAUUUUUUUAUUUUUAAAAUUAUCUUUUUUUUCUCUCUCCUCUCUCUCCUGUGUCUUAUCAACACACAUACACAUAUUAUAUAUACACGCAUUACUC